ACUCCAGCUGAAGGAGCAGUGUGUCUGAUGCCCAUUCAGCACAGGCUCUUCGUCCAUUUUGUACAUGUUUUCAGUUUUUAGUUGCUUGCCUUUGUGAGUUUGGAGAAAAGGCACAUCCGCGCACCAUGCUGUCUGUGAAUUCAGCCCGUCAGCUCUGCACGCUGUUUGUCUCUCUGCACGCUGUUUUACUGAGCGUGGCGAUCGUGGAGAGCAGUGCAUCAAAUGGAAAUCAGAAAGACUGCAUGAGAUCCAGUGGCCUGGAGUACAGAGGGGGACAGCAGAGCUCCUCCUCGGGUCUGACCUGUCUAAACUGGACCAACACCAUCAGAGACUAUGACGUGAACAUCCAUCCAGAUGCACAGACAGGUGUUGGAGAUCACAAUUACUGCCGAAACCCAGACUCCUCUGAGAGGCCUUGGUGCUACAUUGCUGGCCCAGAUGGGGUGGUCCAGAGACAGUUCUGUGCAAUUGACUCAUGCAAAGAACAAGCCUCUACUGUGCCGGCAGAGGCCGGAUCCGUCGACCCACCAGGAACCACUCCCUCCACGCAGAGCUUUCAGCUGGCCAAGUCCGGUCCUUCUCAGGGAGAGGUUGCUGCCGUGCAGCCAGUGAUGGGAAUCAGCCAGCGAGUGCACACAGGACCCAAAAAGAAAAAGGACCUUGGCACGCUCGGCUACGUCAUCGGCAUCCUCAUGAUGGCGAUUAUAAUCAUCCUUGGAGUAGGCAUCACAUUUGGCUACUUCUAUAAGAGGGGUCGGGACCUAAAGAAGCAGCACGAGCAGCGAGUUUACGAGCGCGAGAUGCAGAGGAUCACCCUGCCCCUGUCGGCUUUCUCCAACCCCACCUGCGAGCUGGUGGAUGAGAACACCAUUGUGAUCACGGCGGAGCACGAGACGACCCCCGUCCAGGAGAGCGUGGAGGGCGGGGACCCUCUCAUGGGUCAGCAGGCCGGUACCCCCGGUGCGUGAGCCGGCGCGUAAUCCUCAACCAGGGCUGCGAUACGUUGUUGUGGACCAGAACACUCCCAUCCUCGUUCCUCCUCUCUGCCUCCCUGAGUAACCUCCGUUUUAAAAGGAGUAGGGGAGCAGUGUGGCUCCAAAGACUUGAACUGAAUUCUGUGUCCUUUUCCCCUUCCUCUUUUUGUACAUCUGAGGCACAAACAAGAUAAGCUGACACACAACGGACACACUCUCAACUAGAAACGAUGAAGAUAAUCUGUUGAUAAUGAAGGUAUGCCAUGAGUUUUAGAUACACACAUUUGAUGCAUUUGAUAGCCGUGGCUGCCCCCUUAAAUAACAGUAUGAAUUUCUAGUCGAAUGGAUGUUGACUAGCCAGUGUUUAUAAUGCUGUGUGAUGAAACCGAUUCUUUCUCAUGAAAUGGUGUUUCGAAUGGGGGAAUGUUUAUAACCUUUUGUUUUGUAGUAUGUUUCCAUGUGGAGAAAAGUCUUUUCACAGGAGGUAUCUGGUUACGCGAUGAUGAAUGUUUUUUUGUUUUGUAUUGACCCGCUGGCUGUGCCGAGAGGAAGACAAGAAAGGUGUAUGUAUAAAGACACAUUGGUGACACAGAGUGUCCAAACAUAGUCAUCCUCCUCUGAGAUGGGAAGACAGAACAUGAGGUAAAGGAGGUCCACUAAAGACAAGGGAAGUUGCCUUAGCAUGAUACUGAAUGUAUUUAUCUUCUCCCGAGUGAUUUUUCCUUUUGUCUUUGUACUCGACCGAGCCAAUGCGGUUACAGAGCACGAUGGUGGUCAUUGGCAGACAUAAAGAGGACUUGCCCUUUUCUUCCACAGGUUAAGGAGUGACAGGAAAUAUAGCGAGCGCUCUCAGGAGGCAUGAGAGACAGUAGUUAGUCCUCAGGACAAAAUAGCACUGCCGCAACACAGAACAGAUGGCAUCAGAAAAAGAGAAAAGCCUACAGUCUUGUCUGAGCAGGGCAGGACGGUGAGGGCGAUUGAAGCGCUGGUGCCUAGAUUAGAUCCAGACGCUGGGUUGUGAUGCUUCAGGUUAAAAGACAGGAAUGGAAUAGAAUAGAAACAGUCCAAAGUUUGGUGUUGUUCAUUCAAAAAAGACAUCCAAAAACAUGAAUGCAUGCACGUGGUUACCUGCUGUAUGUUUGUAUUCAAGGGCCAUUUCUUUGCAUCUCAAAAAGUAGAACUACUGUUUGAAGAAGACGUUUAGAAAAUACCUGCCUGUUAUUAGAAGUCACCGCACACAGAAGAUCUUAGUUUGUUACACGUGUGUGUGUUACCAGUUUGUUUGUCAUCACUCCAUCACUCCAGAUCUUGUUUUGUGAUUAUUGCUGGUUCCACAUCACUGGUAAUUUUUGGUUGCUGCUGUUCCAUUAUUUUAAGCGUCUGUAUGCUGGUCGCAAUGAUUAUUUCCUUCAUAUAAGCAAUGUGUUCAAAAUACUGUUGUUGAGCAUUUGAAUUUAGUACUUGUAUUUGUAUGAAUGCAGAUUUUCACUGCUGAGACUGAAAUAAAACAUCAAACACA